CAAACAUUAUAAACAUAAUGACGAUUUGUAAUUAACUAGUGAUUAAAAAGUUAGAAACGUCAUCAUCACCGUCACUGAUCGUUUUGACCAAUCUUCCAUUAAAACCCGCAAAGCCACACAACAAACGCAGAAAGCUUAUUUUAUUAGUCUUCGUCAAGACAUAACCAAUGUCCAUCUCUCUUCACCUCCUCACCUUCUUCCUCUUCUCCGUUGCUUCCUUCCUGUCUUGCUUCUCCGCCGAUAGACAGUACGAGGAGUGUCGAUUACCUCUGAGAUGCGGAUAUGGAUCGUCGGUGUUCCGAAACAACAUCACUUACCCAUUUUGGGGAGAUGAAAUCGGCAAACCAAAAUUCUGCGGCCGUAAAGGGUUCAGGCUUGCCUGCAAGGAUGAUCAGAAUCUAUCCAUAGAGAUCAAGAAUCUCACUUUUCGAAUUGUUUCUGCGAAUCUGGAUGAUAAAAUAAUCACCGUAGCCGAUGAGAGUUGGUUCGAAGGUCGCUGCCCAAAGAUGUUGGACUUCAAAGGGGAUGAUCAGUUCUCAUUAAGCCCUAACACCGAGACUAUCGAUUUAUUCGAUUGCUCUUCAGGCGACUCCGCCCAAGCACUGUCAACAAUUACUUGCCGAGAAAGCAACACGGGACUGAGUACAUAUCAUUUCUUUGGAUCGUCUAAUUAUUAUGCCCACAACUGUAGAAAUGUUGGAGAAAUUCCGAUGCUUGCGUCUGCUAAGAACGCUCUUCUUCAGUACUCUGUCUCGAAUUUGACGUUAGCUUUGAAAGAAGGGUUCGAAUUGAGGUACACCAUAGACGACAGAUUUUGCGAAAGUUGUUUCAGUUCUAAGGGGAUUUGUGGUUCGGAGUCAGAGUCGGGAGAUUUUCGGUGUCUGUGUUCAGACGGGCCCCACGAUCGCUCCUGUAACGACGAUAAAGGUGGUAUCGACUGGAAGUUGAAGAUUGUCAUAAGUGUUGUCGCAGUAACCGUGGGACUAGCGAUAGCGAGCAUAGGUUGGUUUGUGUACCAUCGUAGAAAAACCAAAAGUUACAGAACUUCUUCAACACUGCUUCCAAGAAACAAAUCCUCAGAACCUUCUUCAAAGUCAUCAGACGUUGAGAAAGCAGAGGAUAUGUUAGUUGGUGUUCGUCUUUUCUCUUACGAAGAACUCGAAGAAGCCACUAGUAACUUCGACCCAUCUAAAGAGCUAGGCGAUGGAGGCUUUGGUACUGUCUACUACGGUAAGCUUAAAGAUGGACGAAGCGUAGCUGUGAAACGGUUAUACGAUAACAACAUCAAAAGAGCAGAGCAGUUCAGGAACGAAGUUGAGAUCUUAACAGGGUUACGACAUCCGAACCUCGUGUCUCUCUUUGGAUGCUCCUCGAAACAGAGUCGGGAGUUAUUGCUAGUGUACGAGUAUGUCGCAAACGGCACGUUAGCUGAUCAUCUACAUGGUCCACAGGCUAACCCGAGUUUACUUCCUUGGUCUACUCGGCUCAAGAUCGCUGUUGAAACCGCCUCUGCUUUGAAAUAUCUCCACGCCUCCAAGAUCAUCCACCGUGAUGUUAAGUCCAAUAACAUCCUACUCGACCAAAACUUCAAUGUUAAGGUUGCGGAUUUUGGACUUUCGAGACUGUUUCCAAUGGAUAAAACACACGUAUCAACCGCUCCACAAGGAACUCCAGGCUAUGUCGAUCCAGAUUACCACCUAUGCUAUCAACUCUCCAAGAAAAGCGACGUGUACAGCUUCGCGGUAGUGUUGAUGGAGCUUAUCUCCUCGCUUCCAGCUGUAGACAUCACGAGAACGCGCCAAGAGAUCAACCUCUCGAAUAUGGCAGUAGUUAAAAUACAGAGCCACAAACUCCACGAAAUGGUGGAUCCUUCACUCGGGUUCGACACGGAUACAAGGGUGAAAGAGACAGUGAUCGCAGUAGCUGAGCUUGCGUUUCAAUGCUUGCAGUCGGAUAAAGAUCUUAGGCCGUGUAUGUCGCACGUGAUGGAGACGUUGACGAAGAUAGAAAACAAUGGGUUUGGUUCGAAUAUGGAUGGUGAUUCAAAUGGGGAUAAGAGUGGACCGUUGGUUGUACAGUCUCCUAAUAGUGUAAUGGUGAAAUGGGACAGUAAGUAAAUUAGUCACACGGACACUAACAUUUGUAUAUGUCUAUUAAUGUUUAAAAUAAUGUUUAAACUUGUUAACUGAACACUUAGAGAUUGGUGUUUGUGUUAUGUAAUAGAUGAUACUUUUUGGGAAUGUAUAUAUGAUCUGAGUUUCAUAAAUAAAUACAGUCUCCGCUGUUGAUAGA